UAAGAAGAAGCUAUUCUCAAUCAGUACAGACGACCCCUCCCUCUACCUAGCUACGCUUACUCCCUCACUCUUCUCUCUCCUACUUUUCUCCGCCGUGAGAGAGAGAGAGAGAGAGAGAAAUGGGGAACUGUCAAGCGGCGGAGGCGGCAACGACGGUGAUACAACGACCAGACGGUAAAUCGGUGAGAUUUUACUGUACAGUAAACGCUAGCGAAGUGCUUAAGUCUCAUCCCGGUCACCAUGUAGCUCUCCUUCUUUCCUCCGCCGUACCUCACGGCGGUUCUCUCCGCGUCACUCGUAUCAAACUUCUACGUCCUUCCGAUAAUCUUUUGCUCGGCCAUGUCUAUAGGCUCAUCUCUUCGGAAGAGGUGAUGAAAGGAUUAAGAGCCAAGAAAUCUGAAAAGAUGAAGAAGAUCCAUGGAGAGUUUUCUGUAGCAGAAGAGGAGAUUAACCCACUAACCCUAAGAUCUGAAUCUGCUUCUGACAAAGACACUCAGAGAAGGAUACAUGAAAAGCAGAGAGGGGUGAACACAGGAGGAGCUACCAAUAAAGUUAGAGCUUGGCAGCCUUCUCUUCAAAGCAUAUCAGAAUCUACAAGCUAAACACUUCAAUUUAAUUUUUAUUUGUUUUUUCUAUCCUUUUUCUUUUACUUUUGACUUUUUUUUGUUAUCAUU